AUGGCGCCACAAGUCAUGGCAACACAUGGCACCACAAAUCACGGCAACACAUUUCACCGCACGUCACGGCAACACAUGGCACCACAAGUCACGGCAACACAUGGCACCAGAAGUCACGGCAACAUAAGGCCCCACACAUCACGGCAACACAUGGCACCACAAGUAACGGCAACACAUGGCACCACACGUCACGGCAACACAUGGCACCACACGUCACGGCCACACAUGGCACCACAAAUCACGGCAACACAUGGCACCACAAAUCACGGCAACACAUGGCACCACACGUCACGGCAACACAUGGCACCACAAAUCACGGCAACACAUGGCACCACAAGUAACGGCAACACAUGGCACCACACGUCACGGCAACAUAUGGCACCACACGUCACGGCAACACAUGGCACCGCACGUCACGGCAACAUAUGGCACCACAAAUCACGGCAACACAUGGCACCACACGUCACGGCAACACAUGGCACCACAAAUCACGGCAACACAUGGCACCACACGUCACGGCAACACAUGGCACCACACGUCACGGCAACACAUGGCACCACAAGUCACGGCAACAUAUGGCACCACACGUCACGGCAACACAUGGCACCACACGUCACGGCAACACAUGGCACCACACGUCAUGGCAACAAGUCACGGCAACACAUGGCACCACAAGUCAUGGCAAAACAAGUAACGGCAACAUGUGGCACCACAAGUAACGGCAACAUGUGGCACCACAAGUCACAGCAACAUGUGGCACCACAAGUUAUGGCAGCACAUGGCACGCAAAGUAAUGGCAAAACAUGGCAACACGUGGCACCACAAGUUAUGGCAACACAAGUCACGGCAACACAUGGCACCACAAGUCAUGGCAGCACAUGGCACCACAAAUCAUGA